GAGAGUGGUGAGCCAGAAAUUGUAAUUCACGGUCUGGGCGCAGCCGUUACCAGAGCUGUCAACCUCGCACUUCAGCUUAAGGAGAAGUUCCUUGGGACGGUUGAACUUUCUGUAAAUACCUCAACAGUGGAUAUCAUUGAUGACCUGGAACCGUUGGAGGACCACGCUGAGUACGAAACAAAUACUCGUCAAAAUUCUUCAGUUCACAUUCGUGUGUUUCGGAUAGCUUUAAGUGGUGCUAACACAUAAACAGAGAAGUGAUGUUCUUCUCAUUGAAUGAAUUAGUUCGUUGGCUAGGACUUACGAUUUUUGAGUUAUGGAUACAGUUGAAUGCUGUGUUAGUCUUUUCAUUGUUGCUAGCUCUGCACAUUGACCGUACUCUGCAAUGUUCAUGGUGGAUUGUCUUCUCACCUUUGUUUACUGCAGAUGCCCUCAACGCAUAUUUUUGUACAAUUGUCUUCAUACGCAUGUACCUGGAAGGAAUGUAUAAGGCAGCAUUAAUGCGCGCGACAUGGAGCCUAACACUACUGCUUUUGCUGUUCGUGUUUAAAUUUUUACUAUGCAAAAAGCUGCAAAGCAUUGAUCAAGGAGGUGGCGGUCUAGAUUUCUCUGAAGUGCUGUCACCAAUCUUUAUUCUGCUACAGCUUGUAGCUGUACGGGCAUGCCAGUUACACUAAGUGUGAAUUUGGCAGGAGGAUAAAAGCCAUGGGACUGAUGAUCAACACAUUUCCAAUCCUAUGAGUUGCAGCCAAGUUUUGUUUGGACUGAUAUUUUUCAUGACAAAUAUUAAUACAUACCUUUUUGUAGACUGCUGCCUUUUAUAUAUUUAGACCCAAUAUUUUCAAGAUAAAUUAAUGCAAUGCAAAUAACUGGUACUUUGCUCCUCCCUUAGAUGUGAUUAUACUGAAACUUUUU